AUGUUACUUGAACAGUUUAUUACAAGAAUAUCUCGAUUACCUUAUUCUUCAUAUAUAGUAAAAUUAUUUAUUCUUUUAUUCAUUAUUUCCAUCCCACUUCUUACUGUACCCAAGAUUUUUUAUAAAAUAUUACCAAUUCCAAUAUUAAUAAUAACGCUUUUACCAUUAUUAACAUUUUCUUCAGUUAGUUGUUUUAUCUUUCAUAUUGUAUAUUAUAUUUCAAUUUUUUUCAACUUGAUUCUCCCUUAUUCAUUUAAGUACUUCUUAUAUCAUCAAUUAUUUAAUGAAUUAAUUUACAAUACUCUUCUUUUCCAACGUUUAUUUACAUUUAAAAAUUCUUCUCAUUCAAUACAAUUAUCAAUUACUCAUAACUUAUUUGUUAUUUCAUCAUUUUUAAGAAUAUUUGCAACUCUUACUAUUGUUCUUUUACCAUCCUGUUAUAUACUUAUUUUCUUUUUCUAUUCUUUUUCAAUUCUUAUUCUUGUAUUCUCUUAUUCACUAGAAAUUACAACAACCCAUUUAAAAAGAUUAUUUCUUUUGUGGGGAUUUAGUCUUUCAAUUUUAUUAAUGAUUUAUGGAAUCUACAAUUCAUUCCCAUUUAAUAAAAAUAUUUUUUCAAUCCUCAAGUAUUGUUUAUUACUUCUUUCAACUGUAUUUGGUUCUUUAUUACUGUAUUAUCUUCCAAACCAAUCUCUACAUUCAAGUGAUAAUUCAGUCCCUUUCUUUGAAUCAGAAACAACUGACUUAAGUCUUUUAGUAAACGAUGAUUAA